AUGAACGGUAACGGUGACGUCGAUCAGAAUAGCGGCAAUUUGUUGGAUAUUUAUCCGCUCAGCUGUUACUACUUUGGCUCCAGAGAUGCUGUUCCGUUUAGAGACGAAACCGUCUCCGAUCAUCUCCUCCGCAUGAAAGCCAAUUAUGAUGCUCACGGAUUGAGGACUUGCGUUCAAGCGGUUAUGCUGGUCGAGCUUUUCAAGCACCCACAUCUCUUGCUUUUGCAGAUUAGGAAUUCCAUGUUUAAGCUUCCAGGGGGUCGCCUAAGGCCACUAGAAUCAGAUGUGGAUUGCUUGAAGAGAAAACUUUCAAGUAAGCUCUCAGAUGUUGGAGAUGGGAAUGCCCCUGAUUGGCAGGUAGGAGAAUGCCUUGGUAUGUGGUGGAGGCCUGAUUUCGAGACAUUACUUUAUCCUUAUAUUCCAGCUAAUAUAAAAAGGCCAAAGGAGUGCAUAAAACUCUUCCUUGUUACGUUGCCUGAGACUCAAAAGUUCAUAGUGCCCAAAAACUUUAAGAUGCUUGCAGUUCCCCUUAGUCAAAUUCAUGAAAACGACAAGUCACCUAAUUUCUCUCAGCUUUGCUAUCCAAGUAUGAAGAAGGGCAUUUUGGCCCCUAACCUCAAGCUUAACCUCCCUCCUCCGGAUGAAGAGUCUCUUUCUAAGUUCUUGACUGAAUCGGGUACGUUUAAGGAUGGUGAUCUGCUAGUCAACAGAGAUGGGGUUCGAAUUGUUCCUCAGAAUGAAGUUGCAGCGCCAUCCCUUAUACAGCCAUCAGAUAACCAGUUAAGCUUGGCGGACUUUGACGCAAUCAAAGUUAUAGGGAAGGGAAAUGGAGGUGUCGUGCGCCUGGUACAACAUAAGUGGACAGGACAGUUCUUUGCUUUAAAGGUUAUUCAAAUGAAUAUUGAAGAGUCAGCUCGGAAAAACAUUGCUCAGGAACUGAAAAUCAACCAGUCCUCGCAAUGUCCCUUUGUUGUUGUGUCGUACCAGUCUUUUUAUGAUAAUGGUGCCAUAUCCAUAAUCCUGGAGUACAUGGAUGGGGGAUCACUUGCAGAUUUCCUAAAGAAAGUCAGAACUAUACCAGAGCCAUAUCUUGCUGCCAUCUGCAAGCAGGUACUCAAAGGCUUGUGGUAUCUGCAUCAUGAAAAGCAUAUCAUCCACAGGGACUUAAAGCCUUCAAAUUUGCUAAUAAACCACAGAGGUGAAGUGAAGAUAACUGAUUUUGGCGUCAGUGCAAUACUAGCAAGCACUUCAGGACUUGCUAAUACCUUUGUUGGCACAUACAACUAUAUGUCUCCAGAGAGGAUUAUUGGAGGCAACUACGGUUACAGAAGUGACAUCUGGAGCUUGGGUUUGGUUCUGCUUGAGUGUGCAACCGGUCAAUUUCCUUAUUCACCCCCACAGCCAGGGGAAGGAUGGACUAACGUGUAUGAGCUGAUGGAAACCAUUGUUGACAAACCUGCGCCUCGUGCCCCUUCAGAUCUGUUUUCUCCAGAAUUCUGUUCAUUUAUCUCUUCAUGCAUACAGAAAGAACCAAAGGAUAGACUGUCAGCCAAUGAGCUCAUGAUGCAUCCUUUCCUCAGUAAAUUUGACGAUCUGGAUAUCGACCUUGCCGCUUACUUCACCAGCGCUGGUCCUCCCCUUGCAACAUUCUAA